CACUCCCACGUCACAACUUGUUGACGCCCCAGAAUUUUCUUGAUGGUCUUCACGUCCCUCGAAGAUCGCCAAGUCGACGUCCCACUCCACUCGAGCUGAAACGUCGACAGCCUCGUGAAGAUGGAGACGCUCGUUGCUGUGCACCGCCGUUGCGUGCUUUUGCCCGCGAUGCGCGCGUACUGGAAAUGCUGGCGGCGCUUUGCGAUCGCUGCCAAACACCAAGCCAUCUACGACCAUCGCAUUCGAACGAGGCGGGAUCGCACGCUCCGUAUUGCCGUUUUGCGCCGCCAACGUCUGCUCUUGACUCGCGGCUUGUCGGUGUGGCGCCACGCCGCGACGACCGUCACCGCCUUGGGACGUGCGCUUGCUCGGCACCACGCCAGAGCUCGGACUCGCACGGUGUGGCGGCAGUGGGCUCGAUACGUGUAUCACGACACGCUGGAGGAGCAAGUUGCGGCAUUAGCGUGGGUCGUCCAGUUCCGUCGGGCCGUGACGUACAUGCUUCGUCUUUUGCGCAAGAAUCAGCGUCGGCGGAUGACUGCUGCUGUCAUCCGCUGGCAAUACGUCACGUCAUUGGCGCGCCAUGGCACGUUUUGCCUCCAUCGUCGCAUCAAGUGCCAAGCAGUCAUCGCGCUACUGAAGCGUCUCGUCGGCAAGGCCCGCACCCGGCGGCUGCACGAGGCAGCUGCGAUCGCGCAGUACGUUGCGAAGCUCUGUGCCGACGCAGUGCGCAUCGUGCUACGCUGCCACACGAGCGCCGGCACGCUUGCUACUCUGCUGGCGCAACGUCACGUGCGCAGGGCCUGGGCUCGCUGGGUCGCUGUGUCCUGUCGGCGUGUCCCGCCGCCCGCGCCGUUGCGCCGCAAGCGCUGGGUGCCGAGGUCGGCUCCUCUGAAAUUGAAACCUACGUGGCGGCCGUAAAUAAAUAAAGGCGUGUAUAUUAGUAUCGUC